AAUAUGCCAGCAUUUUUUCCUUGCAGAACAACCCAUCCACGGAUUUCCUUUUUUCUCGCUUAAAAAAAAAGUAACUUUUGAGUUGAACACGAGACAGAAAGGAUCGUCCAGAAAUUCCAGAAUACGGCGAGAAUGAUAAAGUCACUGACUUUUCUUGCCUUGUUCUUCACCUUCUCAGUCUCUGAAUCAGCCUCGAUUCUCCCACACCCCAAGCCUCUCAACUCCUCCAUCCCCAAAACCAUUUCCCAGAACACAGGGUCCUGUUCUUACACAGUAAUAAUCAAGACAAGCUGCUCUUCGUCGAAAUACACACGCGAUCAUAUCGGUCUUUACUUCGGCGAUUCGUAUGGAAUUCAGGUGUACGCGCCGAGGCUGGACGAUCCGCGUUCUGGAACCUUCGAGCGGUGCUCCUCGGACACGUUCCACAUAAAUGGGCCGUGCACGCACCAGAUCUGUUCUCUGUACCUCUACAGAAGCGGAUACGAUGGGUGGAAACCGGAUACGGUAAAGGUCUACGGUUACUACACUAAGGCUGUCACUUUCUACUUCAAUACCUUUAUUCCUAAUGGUAUUUGGUAUGGUUUUAACGACUGCUAUGGCGGUUUAGCUUCAUCCGACUGAAUGUGAUUUUUGUUCUCUCUGUUAUGUUUAUGUCGUUUUGUGAUUUUUCCCUUUAUAUUGUACGAUGAUGUUGUUACUUGUUAGCGCAUGUUUAUAUAGAAGCUGUUUUGAUGAUAAUAAAUUUGGGAAAAUUGAUCAUGUAUUCUGU